UAAACACAGAAUUAACACCGCCUCACAAAUAUAAACAUAAUACCAAAUAGUUGGAGUACGAAGAUGAAGAUAAGGAAUGGAGGAAGAAAAUACGCAUAACUCCAGUAUUUGUAGUCCUGGUAGUUGUUUUACUAGAGUAUUCUUUUAAGUCCACCUAUAAACAUGCUGACCACAAACGCAUUAUUCUGGUUUUCCCUCAAGUUAAACUGCCGCGAGUGGGAAAAACAAUAAGCCGCAUAAUAAAACUUCUGAUGGGCUAUUGGCAAGUGGUUUCAUUAUCCCUGUUAUUGCAGUAAAAUUGCCCUGUUUUGUGACAGAAAUCACACAGCUAUUAUUUUCUAUAAAGAAGGAAGGCUUUUCUGCACUUAAAAGCACUCCAGUUCACUCCAGAAAUUAUAAAAUGUUAAAAAAUGGGUUCAUAAAAUAAAAACAAGUGGACAGAACAAUGAAGUAAAACUGAAUAAAAAUUAUGAAGAUUUUAUUUUAAAAUAUCUCACUGUCUUUUCUGUGGGUUCGUGUAAGAGCAAGAGGUCGGCAUGACAUUAGCGAGGCAUGUAAACAUGAUUUUCAUUUACCUGACUCGCUCAAAAAUAACCCCCCACCACACAAACACACACACUAACCUCUCUUUUCUUCUCCUCGGUGAGACUAAACUCUCCCACAGUGACAAGAUUGUGAUUGGUGGAACCCCGACUAUGGCAACAAUGGAGGUAGUUGAACCAGUGGAGAAGGACAAGGGCAAGUACUCCAUUGUGAUCACUGACCCUGAAAACUCACAUAAACGCACACUGGACCUCAGCGGUGAUGACUGGCUCGCCUAAUGACGAAUCACUGCUUCCUUCACAUUUGCUUCAUAACUGGCUGAGGCAUACGCUGAGAAGAGUGGUGGGAGGACUGCCUGAUGUGGUCACCAUUAUGGAAAAGAAGACUUUGAGUUUAACAUGUACAGUGUGUGGAGACCCCAAACCUCAGGUGUCAUGGCUGAAGAACGGAUCAGAAGUCGAGCCUGAUGAUCAGUAUGUGGUCUCCCUGGACCAGGGCAAGUUUGCCAGUCUGACGAUCAAAGGCGUUUCCAUGGAGGAUUCUGGCAGAUAUACCAUGAUUGUCCAGAAUAAAUAUGGAGGAGAGUCUGUGGAUAUAGUGGUCAGUGUGUAUCGCCAUGGGGAGAAAAUCCCUGAGGCAAAACCAACUCUGACCCCUAAAACAAUCAUCCCACCUAAAUUACCAAUCGAGAUCCCUCAGCCUAAGACCCAGCCUGCUCCGAGCGCUGCCCCUUCAACUCCUAGCCCUGCCGCUCCUAAGGCAGCACUGGGAAGAGGGGUGAAGAGUCCUACUCCAAGUCGGAGGAAGUGAAAAGCAAGGCAGAAGAAACACAAUCACUGGUGCACAAUUAGACCACACAUAGCUGAGAAGCCUUUAUUGGUGUUCUCUAUCUGGAUUGAAAUGGAGCUAAUACUCUUUCCAUUAAAUUAGAGCGUCAAGAAAACCCUGACAUAUGAAAUAAAUCUUGCAAUUGUGAUGGAAAGCAAAAAAUAAUUUCAAUGUGAAAUCAUUGUAUAAAAUCAGCAAAAUUAUACUAGAAUAAUAAAAAGCUAGGCACUAUCUAAACAUGAGGAAAUUAGAAAUUAAUUGAAAUGAACUUGAAUAAAGCUACAAAUUGAAUAAAACUUGAAGAAAGAGUGAAAUGUGUUUUAAAUUCAUUCUUGAAGUGCACAAAUGACACCGCAUGCAGUAUAAUCAAAUAUUAAAUGGCUUGCAAAUUACAGGAACAUUGCCCAAAGUUAACUGACUUGAAGCUUCGAUGCACCUUGGCAUUGUGGAACAAUAUUUCGUAUUUAUCAUAGUUAGGGGGAGUUUAACAUGUUAGUCAAAACAAAAUUGGGUUAAAGUCUAGUAAGUACAAAUCCCAAAGGAGACCAGUAAACAUUAAUUUCAAAUCAAAUCAAAUCACUUUUAUUGUCACAUCACAUGUGCAGGUACACUGGUACAGUACAUGCGAGUGAAAUUCUUGUGUGCGAGCUUCACAAGCAACAGAGUUGUGCAAAAUACAAUAACGUAAAACAAGCAAAAUAUAAAAAUGGCUAAUCUAAAAAGUAAUAAAUAUAUGUACAAUAUGUAAAGGUAUAUACAUUACUGAAUGUGUAUACUAAAUAUGUUUUUCUACAUGUGUGUGUUUGAGUGUGUAUAUAGUGUGUAUAUACAU